AUGGAAGCUGAGACUGCAAUGGAGCAGGUGAACAGCUUCAAGGUGGAGGGCAACGCCAAGCUGACGUCGGGCGAUCUGAUGGCGGCGGUGGAGUCGUACAGCUGCGGCAUUGCGUUGUGCCAGAAGCUGAAGAUCUCGGGGAAGUCUUUGGGACAGCUCUAUGUGAACCGGGCUCAGGCGCGCGCACGUUUGGAGCAGCAUGAACUGGCUCUACAGGACGCAGAAGCGGGCCUGUUGGAGGACACCGAAAAUGGUCGUGGCUUUUGGAGAGCCGCAAGUUCAGCCAUGUCCUUGGAACGCUACGACCACUGCGCGGCACUCUGCAUGCGUGGCAUCAAGGUGCUGGGGGACAGCGCUGCACUGGAAGGGAUGCUGGAGGAGGCGAGGAGCCGCAUGGACCCGACAGAGACUUCAACGGCGACUGAGUUCGAGAAGAGCGUUGAGGAGGCGACCUCAGUGAACGCCGUUGCGGAGGAGCUGUCACAGCGAGCGGUGAGCUUGCUGCAAAGCUACCAGCGGGAAGCCAACAAGGAAGAUCUACAGCGAGCAGUGAAGCUCUUCCAGGCGACGUUGCAGGAGGACCCGCAGAACGAAGAAGCUUUGAUUGGCCUGGGGGAUAUCCUGGAUGCAGGUAUGGGAGACAUCCCGAAGAAUCAGGAUGCGGCCAAAAAGCUCUGGCUGCAGUGCAAUUUUGCCAUGCCUCCUGCUUUGGAAGAUUCGCCGCAACUGACUGACUGUCCAGUGACUGGAGUCCAGUGGAAGGAUGCGUUGUCAUAG